UGCUCUCCUCCGCUACUGGCGCCGGCGCCGUCGACAUAGACUUGCUCUCCACCGUCACGAACGCCGACCAUGUCCUCCAUAAUUCAGGACAUCAUUACCAACCCCGCCUAUCAUGACCUCUUUGCGAUCCUUAAGGGCGCGCGCAAUGGCUUCGUGUACGGCGUGAAGGUCAGGUUCCCCCAUGCACUGGUCAUGUCUAUACUGUUCGGUCGGGGAGAUUGGCAAACGCGCGCACGCGUUAUCUAUCGCGCGACGAAGCAGCACGCUCUGAACCUCGCGAAAUUCGUGUCUAUCUACAAGGUCAUGCUGCUCCUACAGCGCAAGCUGAAUGGGAACAAGCAACGCGACGCAGAUACGUUCCUCGCGGGCCUCAUUGGGGGCUGGUAUGUCUUCGGCAACCGGACAGCAGUGAACGAGCAGAUCGUCCUAUAUGUUGUAUCCCGCGUAGUCGCAUCCUUCCUUCCGCGCGCACAGAACCCUUACUCGUCUGCUCCCGCCGCGCCGGGUACUGUCAAGCCCCUCCCUCCCGACUCGAAAGCAUUCACGCUCUUCGCCGCGUUCGCGUGGGGCGCGGUCAUGUGGCUUUUCGAACACCGUGGAGAGACCAUCCAGCCCGGAAUGUUCAACUCGAUGACAUACCUGUACCGCGACUCGGAAAGGUGGAAAGACCUGAAGACGUUGCUGUGGCACAACACAUAGGCCGGUGUACUUUUACCAUUAUGGAUAGACAAUUCGCGACAAUCACCAUAUUCUCAUUUGGAUCUUUUGUUUGCUGCCCUAGUGUUCACCGUGUGUCAAGGUCCGCAAUACCCUCCUCCUACACGCUAUUGUCGCCCAAAAAGAGUUACAUGGCCUUCCCUACUAGACAAUGAG